CUGCCUCGACUCUGUUAUCUUCCGUUCCCCGCCGUCUGCGCAGAGGUCCCACCACGGACCUGUACCGGGAUUUAUUUCAUUCUUAUGAAACUUCACUAAAAGCCGAAGCGCUCCUCCCAUGGUGUCCCAGGGAGACUCCCCCGGCAUUCACUCGACUUUACGGAAACUAUCGGCGACCGUUUUGGGGUCUUGAAAAUCAUGGAAACGUGGUUUUUGAAUCACGUCCUCGGGUUGUCUCUGUCGGUCCUCCUGCUGGGUCUGCCGGGGCCCCUCGGGGCAGGGACCCCCAUUAACAACAGCUCGGAUCCAGUAACGGCAGGAUUUUCUUUUUCAACCGCCACAGAUGAACUCAGUUACACGGAAAACAAUGCAACUUCAACUUCAUACUCCAGCGAGAGUUUAUCACCAUCACAGAGGAACCUCCUGCUUACACACGCUGCUGAAACACACACUGCUGCUGUUGGAAACUUCGACACUGAGCAGACACAAACCUUCACAGAGACAAGCAGCAGAUCACUAGAGACCACCAGUCUGUCUACUGAGCCGCUCACCUCCGCCCUCGUUGUAGCCACCACUGAGGCCAGCAGCAGCAGCAGCAGCAGUACCACCAGCAGCAGCAGCAGCAGUACCACCAGCAGCAGCUGGAAGGACUUUGUUAACACAGACCAGAUUCCAAACAUCUCCCACUCUGUGUCCUCUGAGACCAGUUCCUGGAUGUUGACAGAGAACGUCAGCUUGCCCCAGGACAGCCCAGACAGCACUCUGCGGCUGGGGGACGCCACAGCCUCAGCAUCACAGACAGCCCUAGACGCCGACAGCGCCUAUGCCUCCACCACCAUCAGCCGAGCUGGGGAGAGGACGCUGCUGUCUGUCACCUCCUCCUCCUCCAGCAACAGCACCUCCUCUGCAUUUACAGAGGACUCCAACUCCCAUCAGCCCCCAUCUACUUGGGGUAUUCCUGCUAAGGUUACAGAGACUGAGGACUACACCCACAGUGUCCCAUCCACUGGGACUGAUGGGAGGGACGCAACAGACCAACACACGACCCACGCCUUCAAGGGGUUUUCAGAGACUGGGAGCACAGGGGGGUCCAGUGGAACCCAGGGUUUAACUGGACUGCCUAAUGCUACCCAGCAUCAAUAUACCUCAGUGUCUGAGGAGACCUCUGACUCUACACCACCUCUCAGAGUGACAGAGCUCAGCACUGACCAAUCUGAAGUGUCGGUUUCUUCCAUGCCUCCCGUCACCUCACCUGCGGGAGGUCCCGCCAACAACUCAGGGACUGACCUGGAGUCAGGCUCUGAUUUUGGCACCUCCACCGAGUCUUCCACUGCAGGCCACAGCUCCAGUACUCAGAACCAGGAAGGCACCGAGGGGCUGUCAUCCCAGACCAGAGAAGAAAGCAGGGGCUUUACUCUGACCGCAGUGCCCCCUACAGUCAGUGGAAAUACUUCUGAAAUGGAUGACUCUCUGACAGACACCCCACUGCUGGUUACUGAGAUUUUCCUCACUGCCACACCUGUUCCUGUCACAGAGAGAUCACACAUAACAGAGGAGGAUACUUUGAAAGCCACAGCCUCCUCCUCCACCACCACCACCACAAUCACCCUUCCUCUACCUGCAACCUCACCCCCCAGGUUCAUCAGCACCACUAGCAGCUCAACUUCAGAGUUACACACCGAGACCAUCCCAUACACUACACCCUCCACUACAGCCUCCACCCCGGCACUGCAGACCUCCACAGUGCACCCAACUCACCGCGCAUCACCAAGUCAAACCCAGGGGCCCUCAACUGGGAUUGCAAAUCCCACAGAUGUCACCACCCUGCAGAGACAAACAAGCACAGGCACUCUGGGAGUUUCCACCACCUCUCACGGCCAGUACGUCACCACCACCUACACCCACAACACCCCAACCAAGAGUAACGAGGCUCUGCACACCACCUGGAAACAGACAGACAGGGGAACCACAGAGCUGGUGGUGACGACGCCACCCACUGACCUCCAACCCACCAAGGCUCCGCCGCCACCAAGAAACCCCUGUGUGUCAAACCCUUGUAUGAACGGAGGGAAGUGUGUGAGCUAUAAUGGGCAUCAGUACACCUGUCACUGUCAGCAGGCAUGGACAGGGCCGACCUGUACCCAGGAUGUGGAUGAAUGUGAGACGGACCCCUGCCCAUUGGGCUCCAGGUGUGUGAACACCCGAGGCUCCUUCAGUUGUGAAUGUCCACUCGGCUUUGACCUCGAGGAUGGACGCACGUGUACCAGAGCAAAGACAUUUCUAGGAACUUUCAGUGUUACCAGACUGUCACAUGACCCCUCUAUCUUCAAGAGCUCCACCAUGCAUGAGAUCCAGAGAGAGAUCAUUCAGCUGCUCAACGCCUCAUUGUCAGCCUUCCAAGGUUACAGCCGCUCCACUCUGAGUAAGAAAGAGGAGGACGGGGUUCAUAUCUUAGCUGUCAACAUGUUUUCCAUCUCCACUGAUGUGACGAGUACUGAGGUCAACAACAGCAUCCAGAUGUCUCUCAAGAACUGCAGCUCCUCCUUGGCCCACUGCCAAAUGGCCCUGCAACACCAGCUCACUUAUCAUGCCGAGAGCCUGUGCGUGGCCCAGAAGACUCAAUGUGAUGCAGAGCGCUCCACCUGUACAGACAGCAGCGGCACAGCUUACUGCCAGUGUCUCCAAGGAUACUACAAACACAACCCUGACGACUUGUCCUGCCUAGAAUGUGGGGAUGGCUACAAGCUGGAAAAUGGCACCUGUGUCCAGUGCAUGUUUGGAUUUGGAGGAUUCAACUGUGGAAAUUUUUACAAGCUGAUUGCAGUCGUGGUGUCACCUGCAGGGGGCGCCCUGCUCCUCAUCCUCAUCAUUGCUCUUAUCGUCACCUGCUGCAAGAAAGAUAAGAAUGACAUCAACAAGAUCAUCUUCAAGAGUGGAGACCUGCAGAUGUCACCUUAUGCAGACUUCCCUAAAAAUAACCGCAUAUCCAUGGAGUGGGGCAGAGAGACAAUAGAGAUGCAAGAGAACGGCAGCACCAAGAACCUGCUGCAGAUGACUGACAUUUAUUAUUCUCCUGCAUUGCGUAACUCAGACCUGGAGAGAAAUGGCCUGUACCCGUUCACGGGUCUACCAGGCUCUCGCCACUCAUGCAUCUACCCCGCCCAGUGGAAUCCCUCCUUCAUUAGUGAUGAUUCACGAAGAAGAGACUACUUCUAACCCACCCCACUUUAAAUACACACAUGCACACACCCUCCGAAACCAUCUCUUACACUGACAAUUGUGAUGUGACAUGAUGGUUUUCUGUCACAGUGACAAUGCAAAUGUGUGAGCCUCACUGUUUUUGAAAAUCCACUUGACCAUCUGCAUUCAGGGCUGCACAUUAAUUACAUAAAUGUGUGUGUG